UAAAUCAAACACAAGUCAAAAUUACACUCUCUCAUACAUUCAUACUCUCACUCUCAUUUUUUCUAUUGGAGGACACGUGUCAAUGGACACCAAAGUAGGCUCUCUGGACGUCGUCGCCAUCCCUAACGGCGACAUCGGCUGUCCGCCACACGGUGGUGUAUCCUCCGUCCAGACAUCCACCGUUCCGAUCAGCUUCUCCGAGGCCACUCUCGGCCGACACCUGGCUCGCAGGCUAGUUCAGAUCGGUGUCUCUGAUGUCUUCUCUGUUCCCGGCGAUUUCAACCUCACUUUGCUUGACCACCUCAUCGCCGAGCCUGGACUCAACCUUGUUGGCUGCUGCAAUGAGCUCAACGCAGGUUAUGCUGCUGACGGAUACGCUAGGUCUCGCGGCGUUGGAGCCUGCGUCGUUACUUUCACUGUCGGCGGACUUAGUGUCAUCAACGCCAUUGCCGGAGCUUACAGUGAGAAUCUACCGGUGAUUUGUAUUGUCGGUGGUCCGAAUUCUAAUGAUUACGGUACUAACAGAAUUCUUCAUCAUACGAUCGGGUUGCCGGAUUUUAGCCAAGAGAUUCGAUGCUUUCAAACCGUUACUUGCUUUCAGGCCGUGGUUAACAAUUUGGAAGAUGCACACGAACUGAUCGACACAGCUGUUUCAACAGCCUUAAAAGAAAGCAAGCCAGUUUACAUCAGUAUCAGCUGCAAUCUACCUGCAAUUCCUCAUCCUACUUUUACCCGGGACCCUGUUCCCUUUUCUCUCUCUCCCAAGUUGAGCAAUCACAUGGGUUUAGAAGCAGCCAUUGAAGCAGCAGCAGAGUUUCUAAACAAAGCGGUGAAGCCAGUAAUGGUCGCCGGACCUAAACUCCGUGUAGCAAAAGCCAGCAACGCAUUUGUUGAAUUAGCAGACUCAUGUGGGUAUCCUGUAGCUGUGAUGCCAUCAGCGAAAGGGAUGAUCCCAGAACACCAUCCUCAUUUCAUCGGAACAUAUUGGGGUGCUGUAAGCACUGCUUUUUGUGCAGAAAUUGUUGAAUCUUCUGAUGCUUACUUAUUUGCUGGACCUAUAUUCAACGACUACAGCUCUGUAGGCUAUUCUCUUCUCCUCAAGAAAGACAAAGCCAUAAUCUUGCAACCUGAUCGUGUAAUAAUUGGAAAUGGCCCAACUUUCGGGUGCGUGUUGAUGAAAGAUUUCUUGUUAGGUUUAUCAAAAAGACUUAAGAAGAACACAACUGCAUACGAGAAUUAUCACAGAAUUUAUGUUCCAGAAGGUCACCCUCUUAAAUCUGCUCCUAAAGAGGCAUUGAGGGUUAACGUUCUGUUUCAACACAUACAGAAUAUGUUGUCAGGUGAUACAGCUGUCAUUGCUGAAACCGGUGAUUCGUGGUUCAAUUGUCAGAAGCUAAAGCUUCCAAAAGGAUGCGGGUAUGAGUUCCAGAUGCAAUACGGGUCAAUUGGGUGGUCAGUCGGAGCGACACUUGGGUACGCACAAGCUGCAACCGACAAACGAGUGAUUGCGUGUAUUGGUGACGGAAGCUUCCAAGUCACGGCUCAAGAUAUUUCAACAAUGAUUCGAUGUGGCCAAAACACCAUCAUUUUCCUAAUAAACAAUGGCGGAUACACCAUUGAAGUCGAGAUCCAUGACGGGCCCUACAAUGUCAUAAAAAAUUGGAACUACACUGGUUUAGUUGACGCGAUCCAUAAUGGCGAGGGCAAGUGUUGGACUAGUAAGGUGUUGUGUGAAGAGGAGCUUGUUGUGGCUAUUGAGAAGGCGAUGGGGGAGAAAAAGGAUUGUUUGUGUUUUAUUGAAGUGGUUGUGCACAAAGAUGAUACGAGCAAAGAGUUGCUCGAGUGGGGUUCCAGAGUUUCAGCUGCUAACAGCCGACUUCCGAACCCUCAGUGAAAAUAAAGUUAAUUUAUUUUUACUGUGUGGGGCCGGAUGAGGAUUUGCUAGGGUUUUAUGAUGUAUAAAGUGGUUUUAUGAUGUAUAAAGUGUUAGGAGUCUAUAAACGUUUGUUGCUAUUUUGAUCGAGAAAGAAUAAUGAUUUUUAGUUGUGUGUGUUUUCGCUUGGUAUGAAAAUGGAGUUUUCAAAA